AUUAAAACAAAAUUGAUGUCAUUUUAAAAGAAAGGAAACAAGAACAUUAGAUCAAGUAUAAGUAUUUCAUUCAGGCGAUCUUUUAUAUAUUAAAAAGUAUCAUAUAAAUAAAACUAUUAUUAUGUAAAAAAGAGUUAUAAAUUGAGAACGGAAUAAAUUGAUUUAAACAUUUCCGUUUAAAUUUCUUGUAAUAUUAUUUGCUACCUGAUGGCGCUGAAGAUAUUAAUACAAGCAAGUUCGUUUAUUAUCGCUCAUUUUUAUUUUCAAAUUAAUACUAGAGAGGAAAUUUUCUCUCUGUUAAUACAAAAUAAUAUCACUUUUAAUUGAGAUACUACAGUCUAAACGUUAUCAAUGAUGGACAACGUCGAAGAACAGUGCGAAGAUGCACUUUUUGAAUUAUGUGAUGCUCGAGAACGGUAUCCAUUACGAUGUGCCGACGAACUUCAAAAAUCUAUCAAAUUAAAAAAUGAGAUAAAUAUGCUGAAGGUGUUUAAAAAAUCAACUGCAAUAAAUGAACCAUUUAUUUUGAGUCAAAAUAAAUGUCUGAAUCUUGAUUUUAAUAAAAAUGAAAUGUGCUUUGACCAAUUAGAUUUUAAAUUACAAGAUGUUGUAAACAAGUUGAAUAAUUUAAAAGCUGUCAUGGAUCAAAUUGAACGAGAAAAGACAUGUUGGGUCAACAAGUUACUGGAAAGCUAAAAUAAAUCAUUC